AUGGCUCCGCCACCGGUGGAUCGAAACGGAGGGGGAUCGACGGCCGGCGAAAUUACGAGAUGUGUACCGACGCCGUUUUUGACCAAAACUUACCAGCUGGUGAACGAUUACACCAUUGAUGAUAUCAUCUCGUGGAAUGAAGAGGGAUCUGCUUUUAUCGUAUGGAAUCCUACGGAGUUUGCUAGAGAUUUGCUUCCAAAGUAUUUCAAACACAACAAUUUCUCAAGCUUCGUUCGUCAACUUAACACUUACGGAUUCCGAAAGGUUGUACCUGAUCGAUGGGAAUUCUCAAACGAAUGUUUCCGGAGGGGCGAGAGAGAGCUUAUGUGCGAUAUUCAACGUCGGAAAAUAGCGCCGCCGUCAUCAACCAGUGCGGCGCCACCGUCACCCUCUUUGACGGUGGCUGCGGCACAGCUGGUGCAGUCUACGCCUCAACCUCGGGUGGCAUCCCUGACAGAUUCAGGUGAAGAGCAAGUCCUUUCAUCGUCGAAUUCUAUCCAAGUUGUUUGCGAAACGAGCAGCAGCACGACGGACCUGAUUAGAGAAAAUGAUAGGCUAAGGAAGGAGAACAUGCAGCUAAACAAAGAGCUUGGCAAGAUGAAGAGUCUGUGCAACAAUGUUUUUGUUUUGAUGUCGAAUUACGCUACGAAUUGCAACAGCCAUGAGAAUGACGCUCAUAGUAACAGAGAUCAAUUUAUGGGGCCGCUGAAUCUACAACCAAUGAAAAGAUUUUGCGAACAGUUGCAAGGCGUUGCCACCGCCUCUGCCGCUAAAGGCGGCGACGAGACCAGUAUUAGAUUAGAAACAGAGGAAAUGGGCGCGAGAUUAUUCGGGGUGCCGAUUGGUGUGAAGCGCGGGAGGGAAAGCGAAGGUUUUUCGGCGGAGCAUGAGAUGGAAUUGCAGCUGCAGCCACCAGGGAUGAGCGUGAAAUCUGAGCCGUUGGAUAGACAGAAUAGCGUAGAUGAUCAGGAGAUCCUGUGGUUGAAACGGUUUGAUUCGCGAAAUAAAAAGGCGCAUAAUUUAUAA